AUGAACAAGGAGAGGCUCAUGAAGAUGGCCGGCGCCGUCCGCACCGACGGCAAGGGCACCAUCCGCCGGAAGAAGAAGGCGGCGCACAAGACGACGACCACGGAGGACAAGCGGCUGCAGAGCACACUCAAGAGGGUGGGCGUCAACACCAUCCCGGACAUCGAGGAGGUCAACAUCUUCAAGGAUGACCUCGUCAUCGAGUUCCUCAACCCCAAAGUGCAAGCGUCCAUCGCCGCAAACACAUGGGUGGUCAGUGGGACUCCCCAUACCUAG